AUGCGGUUUUCACCCCAUUAUCUUACGCCUGCGCUGUCGAAGGCGACGCGGCUUCAGCUAGGAAAUAUAAAGACAGAGUAUGACUACGUUUCAGCAGUAGCUGGGUCCCAAGAAAAAUGGGGUUUUAUAUUCAAGGUAAGGAGGUAUCCACUUCUCAGCUGUGCUUACACGUUAUGCUUAAUGUCUGUUGCCAUUGGUGUUGUUGGGACAUACCAGCAGUAUCGUGAUAUGGUAAUUAUGACAGAACACAUUUCGUAUGAGGACGUGAAGGACCGCUGUCUAACCCCGAUUCCAGGUUGGGCUCGCAUCCGAAAUGUGCAAAUAGCUAGUCCUCUUGGCCCAAUGACAUAUCGAGACCCUACACCACUUGAUUGGCUUCCGUUUGAGCUGAAGCUUGGUUAUGUGAAGCAGGCUUCGUAUUAG